AAAUGACAUUUCCCAGAUUUGUCGUGUUUGGGUUGCGUGCGUGCAUUUUUCAUUUGUAAACUAAUAUUUGAAUUUAGGCUUUAGGGAAUUGAUCUAGUGAGUAUACAAGGCAAGGUUAAAAUUGUAGGUGCCAGUUGCUGUUUUUGUCAAAAAUGGAAACAAUAUUAGAACAACAACGAAGUUAUCAUGAAGAAAGGGAGCGGACGAUGGAUGCUAUGGUUAAAGAGAUUUUGCACAAGAAAACCGGACACAGAGAAACAAUUAACAGUGAUCAUAGAUUGAAAAAUUUACAUGAUAGAUACAUUGAAUCUUCCAUAAGGCUAAAAGAACUAUAUGAAGAUAAAGAUGGUUUAAGAAAAGAAGAAAUUGCUGCACUAUCAGGACCUAAUGAAUUUUCAGAAUUCUAUGCAAGACUCAAACAGAUAAAGGAGUUUCAUCGUAAACAUCCCAAUGAGAUUUGUGUUCCUAUGUCUGUAGAGUUUGAAGAAAUGGCAAAAAUAAGAGAAAAUCCUUCUGAAGACUACACAACUCCUGUAGAAUUCACAGAUGAGGAGGGUUACGGGAAAUAUUUAGAUUUACAUGAAUGUUAUGAUAAAUAUAUAAAUUUGAAGGGAAUUGAGAAAGUUGACUAUAUAACAUAUCUGAGUAUCUUUGAUCAUCUCUUUGAUAUACCAAGAGAGCGCAAGAACAGUGAAUACAGAAAUUACAUCCGUGCUCUCCUCACAUACUUGAAAGACUUUGUGAGCCGAGUUAAGCCUCUGCUUGAUCAGGCUCAAGAGAUGGCAGCUGCUCAUCAAGAUUUUAUUAAACAGUGGGAAGCUGGAUCCUUUCCUGGUUGGCCUAAAGAAACAGGCGGUGCUCUGACAAAUGUUGGUGCUCAUCUUGAUCUAUCUGCAUUUUCAUCCUGGGAGGAAUUAGCAUCUCUGGGACUUGAUAGGUUGAAGUCUGCCCUGAUGGCCCUAGGUUUGAAAUGCGGGGGCACUUUGGAGGAAAGAGCACAAAGAUUGUUCAGUACGAAAGGACAAACAGCACUAGAUAAGUCAUUGGUGGCUAAAAAAGGCGGAAAUAAGGCAAAAGCUUCAACACAGCAAAGGCACAAAGACAUUGGCGCCAUUGAGGCACAAGUUUAUAGAUUCGCAGGCAUAGUGAGUAGUACGCGCGCAGCGACCAUAGAGAACGUGACGCGUCGCGCGGCUCGCGCGGCCGGCGAGCGUAGGGACGAAAGCGACGACGAAAGCGACACCUCUGUGGCCGCAGACCUCGACUCGGAUGAUGAUGAAGUGCCUUACAAUCCUAAGAACCUGCCACUAGGGUGGGACGGCAAGCCUAUCCCGUACUGGUUGUACAAACUCCACGGACUGAAUAUCAGUUAUUCGUGUGAGAUUUGUGGCAACUACACGUACAAGGGGCCGAAGGCUUUUCAACGUCAUUUUGCGGAGUGGCGGCACGCGCACGGCAUGCGGUGCUUGGGCAUACCAAAUACAGCGCAUUUUGCCAAUGUUACCCAAAUUGAAGAUGCCCUAGCACUAUGGGAAAAAAUUAAAAAUCAGAAAGAAGGAGAGAGAUUCGUCGCCGAAAAUGAUGAGGAAUUUGAAGAUUCUCAAGGAAAUGUUGUCAAUCGUAAGACAUUUGAAGAUUUAAAACGCCAAGGCUUACUUUGAGAAGUUAUAACAUGUUUUCAAUCUAAUAAUAAAUUUGUAAAAAAA